CUAGCGUGCCUAGUAGCCAGUAGCUGCAAAGGCCAGGCAGCUCUCUAUAAAAAAAGGGAAAAGAGCACGAAUAACGGAACGAUACAGGAUUUAUGGAAAUGCGUGCUGUGACAACGCUGAACAAGCGUGGAGGUUAUGCAUAAAUAAAAUAAAAACAAAGGAGAAAGUGGUACCGGGUCUCUAGACGAUACGGGAAUUCUACAAUUGCCUGAACUGGCAACUGAAAAUGGCCUGGAUGUGGAAGAAGAAGUCGGUCAUUGCCACCAGUCUGAUUGUGGCGGUCUCCCUCUUUGUGGUGGUGGUUAACUAUGCUGAGAAGCCCUACGUCCUUCUGCAGCCCGUGUUCGGGGAAACCUUCAGCAGUCACUGGGUGUUCUCACGACAGCCGCACAAGACCUUCAAACCCCACCCUGGCUACAUCAGCAUCCCCAAACAGGAGCCGCUGAAGCUGAACUGCGACGUGUGCAGCGUGGUGUCCAGCUCGGGCCAGAUGCUGGGCCGGCAGGCGGGGGCCGAGAUCGACCAGGCCUCCUGCGUGUGGCGGAUGAACAACGCCCCCACCAAGGGCUUCGAGCGGGACGUGGGGCGGCGGACCACGCUGCGGGUGGUGUCCCACACCAGCGUGCCCCUCCUCCUGCAGAGGCAGCAGUACUUCUUCGGGCAGAACAACGACACCGUCUACGUGAUCUGGGGCCCCCUGCGCAACAUGCGCAAGGACGGCAAGGGCAUCGUGUACAACAUGCUGCGGCAGGUCAUGGACAGCUACCCGCAGGCCCGCAUCUACGUCACCACCGAGGAGCGCAUGAACUACUGCGACAGGGUGUUCAAGGAGGAGACCGGGAAAGACAGGAUACAGUCGGGGUCCUACCUCAGCACCGGCUGGUUCACGCUCAUCCUGGCCAUGGACAUGUGCAAGGAGAUCCGGGUCUACGGGAUGAUCAACGACACCUACUGCAGGACGGAAGGCUAUAAGAAGGUGCCGUACCACUAUUACGAGGCAGGAAGCAGAGACGAAUGCGCUGAGUACCUCCUGCACGAGAGCGCGCCGUACGGGGGCCACCGCUUCAUCACGGAGAAAUCCGUCUUCGCCAAGUGGGCCAAAACACACGCCAUCAAAUUCCUCCACCCGGUCUGGUUGGUAUCAUGACCCGGACCACCUGAGACCAACUGUACCACGCUCCAGAACAUCUCAAAACCUGCAACGUACAAGCUUCAGUUUAUGUGAGGUCUCUCUCACACACACAAACACUCACACACACGUGCACAUGGACACACACACACCAGCUAUACAGCAUCUACCCAAAUCCAUCCACUACCACCUGUGUGAAACCACCAAAAUGUUUUCUCAGUUCGAGGGAACUAGAGAAUAGUGCUAUUGUUGUGGGAUUGGAAACCUGCUUGGCACAGUGGUUGACAUUAUUGCACUUGUUCAAGAAACAGCAAAUUAUAAAAUGGACACUGCGUGGGAGUGAACUUUCGUCAACAGAAAAAUGCACCUUGUGAAUGUUUUUUCAGCUGUGGAAUUCUGAGCUCUGAAUGAACAACAUAACUGAAGUGAAGGCUACUCAUCGGAAGUGGGUCCUGGUAUUUAAUCAAACCAACUAGAAUUAUCUUAAGUGGGAUUUUAUUGUAGUGUUUGCUGCUGUAAACAUCAUGGUGAAAAAAUAUAGCAUUCGAUAUAGCACUGCUAGUACACAGGUGAAUGCAAUGGGAGGGUUGUGAACUCCUCGCUCAACUAGGAAAAUCCUGCUUCAUGCCCACCACUUAAUAUAGGCUGCGGUUGUAUUUUGUUUUAUUAAUUCUAAUAAACAGAUGAUUUGACUGGAGCAUUCAAGCAGCUGAGCAAAAGCUUGAAUCUCAACUGUGGCCAUCUUUAAAAUUACCCAGCCCCAGACUCAGAGUCAAAAAAAGUCCAUCCUGUCUCACCCAGGCUAACAAAACUGACUUCUGAUAGACAUCUCUGCAGUUAUUUUCCCCAGUCUGUGCUCGUACACCAAAUUCAAUCUUCCCCUAUCCUCUGUGGAGGGCAUAGCUUCAACAGCGGAGACUCUGUAUUGGCCUUUUUUUGCCGUCCUCACAUCUCGUAAUCCAGGGGGGAGUAGGGCUGACAUCCAGGGUUCCUGCCAGUGCUACCCAGACUCACACCGCAGUCCAACAUCAAAGUUGGCGCUUCCCCAGCCCCGUUCGCGUUCAAAAUAUCAUCCUCACUUCCUGGACUGUGAAAGUUCGACAGUUAGGCUACUUCAGCACUACGAAAUGAAAGCGUCCGUAUGCUAUGUCGUGUUUUAUCCCUAGCAGACCGACACACUCCCGGUAGUUUAUUAGCACGACUCUGUAACGUGUUUUUUCGCGUGACGCCCCUAAGAGGGGAGUAGCUGUAAAACUGGCAGUACUGUUAAUGUCAUCUCGGCUGUGGAGAGGAGCGAGAACGCUCUCGCGUUCGCGGCGAGCUGGCUGAUGUAUGACAUAAAAUUAUCUGAAAGUGAAUUUUCAAAUUUCGUGCCUGCGCUAGGUUGUACAUUAACACAGUGAAAUGCAUUCUAAUAACCUCACUUAUUUAAACUUUAUUUUUUUGUGCCUAACUUUUUUUUAAAACCCUUUUUCCUUCCUUAGAUGUUCAUUUUUUGCGUUGGAUCACAGACAGUUACUGAAAUGAUUACGCCUUCACAAGCCUAUUUGUAACCAACAGUAUUCACAAAUUCGCAGUGUCGCAAACCUUACGUUCUGACUUCCUUUUUUCAGCAGUAUGUCUUUUUCACUCCUAGAUCUAUGUCUCCUGUACACCACUUACAUGUAAUAAAUACUGCAUGUGUCAUGAUAGGUGUAUUUUGUAACUUUUGAACGAACCUGUGAUUGUGACAUUGUCUGGCAGCUCUGCAGCUCAUCCUUUCACUGUUGCCUUCUGGUGUCCCUUGAAUCACUCCGUAACAUUAAUAUUGCAUUAUAUUCGCAUUAAUAUUCCAUUAUUUUGCAUUACCAUCAAUAACACUCCUCCAUCCAGCCCAGAACCUGAACUUGAAUGCUCAUGUAAUAUACAUGUCUAUACUGUUUCUUAAAAUAACUAUUCUUAACCAGCUGUAGGGAUUUCUAUCUAUGUGCACCAGCAGAGCAGCAGCGUAGACCUGUCAAUCAAAAAAAAAAAAAUAACACUGGUAAAAAGAAGAGAAGUUGAGGUACCACGGGUGCUAGUUUCGCUUCCAUGCAAAUACGUGAGCUCAUCUUUCGAAGUUGAAAUGAAUCCGUUCGCACAGAGUGAGGAUGAGGGUGCAGUUUGAGGCGUGGCCUGUAGCAGUGAGUGGCAGGUGUGCGUUGCAGAGGCCUGGUUUGUGCUGAACGGCGCGUACCUGGGCUAGCAGUGUGCAGCUGGGUACAGUACGUGCGCUUGGCCCGUUCUGGAGGCCGCUCCAGCCACAUGUGGAGAUGGGCCAUUCUCAUCACCGCGGGCCUUCUGCGCACUGACAGCCGAGGCAGCGGGGGCUUCACCCCCACACACGUGUGCGUGCGCGUGUGCGUGUGCGUGCGCUCCGUCCAGAACCCUCCGUCUCGUUGGUUUUUUUGCCUGGCUCUUUGUUUGUGAGCGCACGAGAGAAUUUUUGACAAUCAGUCAUUCCGCAGUCGACAAAGAGUGAAUAAGUGAUGAUCGGGCCCGCCCACCUGAAAUUGCAGACGCAGCUUUAUUGAUGUUCUCAAAGGACCUCUGAGAGGAAGCUCCGUGGGGCGCGUUUUGAUUGAGCCACUGUGUAGCACGGGCCUAUGGCAGACGCAUACAUACAGUCCCCGCCCCCUUUCCUUACUUUCGCUACCUCCAAAGUGAAACUGCAAGAAAGGCUUCAUUAGGAGCGCUACGAUGUCACAUUAACCAACCAAUCACUUUGCCUCCGUGAUUUUGCCUCCGUGGACAGUCACUCCAGUGGCAUGGCCACAUCCUUUUCUUUCUGUGGGAUUCCUAUGUACAUGGCCCAGGCCUGGCAUGAGAAGGGUUAAUCUGUCCUGCCACGCCUGGAGAUGGCUCUUGGCAUACAUGCCAGACGUAGAAGUUGGGGGUCACAUUGUCACUUUUUUUUUUUUGGUAAUUUACCAUAAAAAUAUUAAUUGUGGUGAUGUUCAUUGUCGUGAUUUUGUUUCUUGCGGAAAUAAUGAAGUCUUACCUCAUUGUGACUUCUCGUAGCAAACGCAUGCUUUGAAGUGCUCUCAAAAUUCUUAGAAAACAUUAUGUAGAGGUAGGCUCGCAUGCUCAGAGUGUACACGGAGGUAGGCCUUCAUUGCUUUCUCACAUAACGUGGCCUUCCUGUCUUGAGUGGUUAUUGUGAAUUCUCUUCUGUGUUACGUGUCGUGGGGCUAGCGUACAUUUGUACCAUAAAUAUGCAUUUACAGGUUUGAAGAUGUCUCUCUAGCUUUCUGAAGAUUGCGGACCAGCCUAUGUACAGAAAACACACCACACUCCUUUCUCUGCUGUACUGUAUUAGCCACUUCCUGAACUCGUCAUUAGUGAGAGUUUGCUAAAAUAACAUUAAAAGCUGUGCAAAUAUAUAUAUAUAUGUUUUGUUUUCAAGGGCAUGGCAUGUUAAAUACACAUCAUUAAUCAUUCCCUCCACUUAAAGUGAAUGCACUUUUGGUCACUUUAUUUGUCAGGUUUGCAUCUCAUGUCAGUGUUUUUACCACGAGUGUAAUGACGAACAAAUUAUCAAUAAUUAGUUUUAUACAUUAUUUUAUUACUUCUGUCACUUUCUAGUACAGUAUUUGCAAAAACCAAUCAGUCAUGCAAUGAAACCAAGGAGGUUGCUAGUUACCCUUCAAUGAACAUGUAAGUGUAUGAAUGCACAGUGUUUUUUUCAGGGUUGGAGGUCAGUUCCAUUUAUGUUAUAAAUAGGAAGAUAUCCAUAUCCUAUAGCGAUUUUUCAAUUAAUGAAUUGAAAUGAAACUGACCUCAACCCUGGUGUGUAUAUGCAUGAUAGAGUCUAUGGCAGAAUUACCAGCAUUAUGAGCAACCUCUUUCUACAGACAUAAUAAAUUAAUAAUGUAUGGCAUAUCAGUGUGUGGGAACCAUUAAUAUUUAUUACUACCACUUGUUGUUUGAGUGUUUUUUUGCUUACUUUUUCAUUUUGAAAUGCAGUGGCAGUAACGGUAAAGUGUUCUCUGUCAUCAAAUCGGGGGAAAAAAUGUUAAUCCAGAAAAUAAUUUAUGUCAGAAGAAAAUUCAGUUUUUAUCAUUUUUUAAAAUUUAUUUCAUUGUAUCACCUUUACAAAAGUCCACCUUGGCCUUGUAGUUAGUGCAUAUGUAAGUGUGUCACACUCUGACAAAUAUGACUGGCCCUGUGUUUUUUUGCAUGCCUGUAAAAUGAACAAUAGCACCAGUGUAUUAAACCGAUAACCUCACUUUUUCAAGCAAACGACUUCCAAGUCUGGGUGAAUAUGUUUUCUGCAAUAUGGAAUGUAUCUAAAACAUUAUGUGAUUGAUAGCCAUUGUGCUAAUUUUGUUUGUUUCUCAUUAACAUGCUAAUGAACUUCACAGUAGUAGGGGGUAAAAUGAGAUUUUGUAAAAUGCCUCUCCCAUUAUCUUAUACACAUCUACUUUAUUCAUUAUUCAUUAAUUUUAUUUACACCCUAGUGUUCCCUCCAGUAGAGAAAUGGUUUAUUGAUACUAUACUUGUCUUCUCCAUUUUGGAUUUUGAAAUGCAGUUGAUUCAUUGUAUUUGGUUGGGUGUGUAUUCUUAACUAAUCAAAAAGUUACAAAUCCCUGCGAUUUUUAAUACGCACAGGAUCUCCAUGCGUGAAUCCAUACAGUGCAGUGUGUUGGGACAGCUUGUGUUCGUACAGACUAAUGCACAAUUGUGCAUUAUAAAAUGAUAUGGUAAAACUGUCUGAACUGAACUUUGUUGAAGUGUUGGUGGUAUGUGGCCAGCUUCAAGCAUACUGUAUAUAGGCAUUCAUCGAGUGGAGUGGAGUUUGCAGUCGAAAUUAAUGUCUUUAUUAAUGUGAUCAGUAAAAGCACUUACUAUGAGUGCAAGGCGGGCCCUGUAGUCAGUUCCAGGUUUAAGCCUGGGUUAUGUCAUUUGUUUCAUAGCAGCGGGAUAAAAUUUUCUUCUGUAAGGGAUCGAGGGUGAUUAAGUCAGCCUGUUCCUUAACUUAGCCGCCUCAGGCGAUCCACAGUGGUGACUCCUGAGGCCCAAAAUGGAAGAAAUUAGAAGAAGGAGGAGUUGGUCAAAAACCUGUUGUGGAGCAGCCCUGGUGUUUUCCAAUACCAUGUGUACUGUAAAGACAAAAAAUGUAAAGUUGAAAUGUUUUGCCAAACUGUGGAUAUUGCCUUUAAAAGGUUAGAGAAAUUCAUUUUGUUGUGUAUGUUUCUUGCAUUGUUUACAUUCCUGCUGUUUUAAUGUGAAACCCUUGCUUUUUAAAUGUGCCCUCAGUUAUGUUUUUAAUCUUGAAAUAUUUGUGUACUGUGUCCUUUACGCUGACUGUCAUUUUUUUGCCAUAGCCUUUUUUCUUUACACUAUGUUUUUAAUUUCCAGGUUGCCUGUUUGGCAGCAACAUUUGUACAUGGCAACACGUACAUUUUGUAAAUUCAUAUUUAACUAUUGUUACAGUGAUGUUUAUAGAAUAAAUAAAUGAACAUAAUUACA